AUGAUCCUGGCUUUCUACUUGGUCUCCUUCACCUGUAUCUGGACGGCAUUGAUGCCAAACGCCGUGCUGCCUCUACAGCAAGAAACUAGAAUGCGGAAUGAUGACAAUACCAAGGUAUGGCCCCUGAAAUACAUGCAAUUGCUGCACGUAGAGGACCAUGAUUUUGCAAUGAGACCUGGAUUUGGAGGGCUCCCAGUGCCAGUGGGAAUAGAUGUCCAGGUUGAAAGUAUAGACAGCAUUUCAGAGGCUAACAUGGAUUUUACAAUGACUUUUUAUCUCAGGUCUACUAAAAAGAUGAGAGGCUCCUUUCCUAGCACAACACACAAAAGCAUGACCUUUGACAUAAAAAAAAAAAAAAGAUUGAUCAAAAAUAUUUGGGUGCUGUUAUCUUUUUUUGUCUAUUCUAAAAGGCCCUUCAUUCAUGAUACAACUAUGGAGAACAUUAUGCUGAUACACCCUGAUGGAAACAUCCCCUUCAAUCUCCGAAUAAUAGUUUCAGCCAUGUGCUCUAUGGAUUUUAGCAGGUUUCCUCUUGGCACUCAAAAUUGUGGCAUCACUUUAAGGUCUGGUGGCUACAGUGAGGAAGAUCUAAUGCUGUACUGAAAACAUGGAAACCAGUCCCUAAACACCAAUGACCAUUUUUCCUUUUCUCAGUUCUUCGUUGAGGAGUUCAGUGCAUCCAGUGGAUUGACUUUCUAUAGCAGCACAGGUUGUUACAACAGGCUUUUCAUCAACUUUGUGCUAAGAAGGCAUAUUUUCUUCUUUGUGCUGCAAACUGAUUUCCCAGCCAUGUUGAUGGUGAUGAUUUCAUGGGUUUCCUUCUGGGUUGACCGAAGAACUAUCCCUGCAAGAGUUCCUUUGGGAAUUACCACAGUGCUGACCAUGUCCAUUAUCAUUAUGGGUGUGAGUGCCUCCAUGCACCAGGUGUCAUAUGUCAAGGCCACGGACAUGUACAUGUGGGUCAGCUCCCUCUUGUAUGCAGCCGUGAAUUCCCUCACCACAGCAGAAGAGUGGAAACAAUUCAGGAAGACAGGGAAGCCUUUUUGACAUAUUUCUGGAAUGUAUAAUAUUGAUGCAGUUCAAGUCAUGGCCUUUGACGGGUGUUACCAUGACAAUGAGACUUCCUUUUCUCUGCACUCUGCUCCUGAGAAGGAGGCCACAGGCAGUGCCAGUACAGAGUCAUCUUGGUGAAUGAGAACAAAGUUCCUAGGAGGGCACACUGGUCGAAUCAUUCUGGAAAACACCAUGUUAUGGACACCUACGGUUUUAUUUCCCAUUAGGUAUAUUGUAUUAUAAUUUGUUUUACUGGGGGCAUGUAUGUAUGAAGAAGAAU